AUGGGCAAUCCAGGUAUGGGUCCAGGGUCGCAGCAGUAUGGUGAAGUGAACCAGCUUGGUGGAGUAUUCGUGAAUGGGAGACCUCUGCCUAAUGCAGUGAGGUUGAGGAUUGUGGAACUGGCACAAUUGGGCAUCAGGCCCUGUGACAUAAGUCGACAGCUACGCGUCUCACACGGCUGCGUCUCCAAGAUCCUGGCGCGUUACCACGAGACGGGUUCCAUCCUCCCUGGCGCCAUUGGUGGCUCCAAGCCUCGAGUCACCACUCCGAAGGUGGUGUCAUACAUAAAACAAUUAAAAGCGAAAGAUCCGGGUAUAUUCGCGUGGGAGAUAAGAGACAGGCUGUUGGCUGAUGGUGUUUGCGACAAGUACAACGUGCCCUCCGUCUCCAGCAUCAGCAGGAUCCUGCGCAACAAGCUGGGUGGCACACUGUACCCUGUCCCGCCCCUCUACCCCGUCCCACCGCAGAGGUGCUGGCCUCUACACCAACCCUACGACUAUUAUGUUUAUCUACAAGGUCGGCAGCACGCGGCGAGCACGCAGCACGCGCUGCCGCACGCGCACGCCGCGCCGCCGCACCACGCGCACGCGCACGCCUUGUGA